AUGAGGUCCCCUCUACAGGCAGUGGCGCUUUGGGGGAAAAUGGCCCCUCUUCACAGUAUCACUGCCAUCAUGAUCACCGAUGACCAACAAACGAUUGUCACUGGAAGUCAAGAGGGUCAGCUCUGCCUCUGGAACCUCUCACCUGAACUAAAGAUUUCAGCUAAGGAACUUCUGUUUGGUCAUUCGGCUCCAGUAACAUGUUUGGCAAGAGCAAGGGAAUUCUCAAAACAGCCCUAUGUUGUUAGUGCUGCUGAAAAUGGGGAGAUGUGUGUUUGGAAUGUCACCAAUGGACAGUGCAUGGAAAAGGCCACACUUCCUUACAGGCACACUGCAAUCUGUUAUUACCACUGCUCAUUCCGGAUGACAGGAGAAGGCUGGCUUCUGUGUUGUGGAGAAUAUCAAGAUGUCCUCAUAAUUGAUGCCAAAACUUUGACUGUUGUUCACACUUUUACAUCAUCACAGUCACCUGACUGGGUUAACUGCAUGUGCAUUGUUCACUCCAUGAGAAUUCAAGAGGAUUCUCUCUUGGUGGUAACAGUGGCUGGGGAGCUGAAAGUGUGGGCUCUCUCCUCAUCCAUCAGCAGCAUUCAGGAAAAACAAGAUGUUUAUGAAAAAGAAUCUAAACAUCUCGACUCCCUGAACUGCCAGACAAUACGAUUUUGCCCAUAUACGGAGAGACUUCUAUUGGUGGUAUUUUCCAAAUGUUGGAAGGUUUAUGAUUAUUGUGAUUUUUCCCUUCUGCGAACUGAAGUUAGUAGAAGUGGACAGUUCUUUGCUGGUGGAGAGGUGCUUGCGGCUCAUAGAAUCAUCAUCUGGACAGAAGAUGGUCACAGUUAUAUCUAUCAGCUGCUGAACAGUGGGCUUUCAAAAAGCAUAUACCCUGCUGAUGGAAGAGUGCUUAAAGAGACCGUUUAUCCUCAUUUACUGUGCUCAACUUCUGUACAAGAAAACAAGAGCCUUCCCUUUGUUAUGGGAUACAUGAAUGAAAGGAAAGAGCCUUUUUAUAAGGUACUUUUCUCUGGAGAAGACUCAGGGAGAAUUACUUUGUGGCACAUCCCUGAUGUUCCUGUAUCCAAGUUUGAUGGUUCUCCUAGAGAGAUACCAAUAACUACCACCUGGACCCUUCAAGAUAAUUUUGAUAAGCAUGAUACCGUGUCACAAAGUAUUAUUGACCAUCUCUCUGAAUGUAAAGAUGGGGCAGGAACUGCAGUAGUCACUUCAUCAGAGUAUGUUCCAAGUCUUGAUAAGCUAAUAUGUGGCUGUGAAGAUGGGAGAAUUUUCAUUACACAGGCUUUGAAUGCUGCCAAAGCAGGACUCCUGGAAGGUGGCUCUUUAUUAAAAGAUUCCCUCCCUCACAAAGUUCUUAAAGGCCAUUACCAUAGUGUUACUUCAUUACUAUAUCCACAUGGUCUCUCUUCAAAAUUAGAUAAAAGUUGGAUGGUGUCCGGGGACCAGGACUCAUGUGUCAUCUUGUGGGAUAUCUUUACUGAAGAAAUUUUACAUAAAUUCUUUUUGGAAGCUGGUCCAGUAACAAGUCUUUUGAUGUCACCAGAGAAUUUCAAACUAAGAGGUGAUCAGAUAAUUUGCUGUGUGUGCGGUGACCAUUCUGUGGCACUUCUCCACCUUGAGGGAAAGAGGUGUCUCCUGCAUGCCCGGAAGCACCUUUUCCCUGUGAGGAUGAUAAAAUGGCGCCCUGUUGAUAAUUUUUUAAUUGUUGGCUGUGCAGAUGACUCUGUUUACAUCUGGGAAAUUGAAACAGGCGCCUUGGAAAGACAUGAAACUGGAGAAAGAGCAAGAAUUAUUCUUAAUUGUGAUGAUUCACAGCUUCUAAGGUCUGAGCCUGUACUUCCAGUUGCCUCAGAGCCACAUAAGCACAAAAAUGUAGAACAGAGAUCCUCCAGCUCUUCCCAACUUGGGCCAAUACCUUGUCCUGAUCCACAGGUAGAGUCUUCAAGUAAGGUUGCUGAUGCCCAGUCUUUCUCGGGGCCUUUUAAUAUCUUACCUGUGCAGAAAAAAUGGAGUAGCAUUGGCUUUCACAUUCUUUUAUUUGAUCUGGAAAUCCUUGUUGAACUUUUGCUGCCUACUCGCCUCAGUGAUAUUGACCCUUCCAAUUCAUUCUAUGGAAGUGAAAUCCUUAGAAGAGCCAGGAGCACAGUAGAGAAGACAACACUGAUGCUGAGAAGAAGUAAAACUGCUUGUGGUCCUCUCUCAGUGGAGACACAAGCCAAGUCUGUUAGUGAAAGCCUGGUCCACAGAGAUACCACCACCAAAUUCUUAGAAGAAAAUGAUGGCCUUAAAAGGCAGAAGAAAGUGAAGAGCUCCAAAAAGACAUACUCUAAGCCAUCAAGGAAAGUUGAUGCCAAUCUCACAAUAGACACAGCUAAAUUGCUCUUGUCUUGUCUUUUGCCAUGGGGAGUGGAUAAAGAAUUAGAUAAUCUCUGCAUUAAGCAUCUCAAUAUUUUAAAGCUUCAGGGUCCUGUUUCUUUAGGACUUGCUUCAAAUGAAGAUCACUUCUCACUGAUGCUUCCAGGCUGGGAUUUAUGCAAUGCUGACAUGAAGAAAGACUAUUCAACAGUGAAUUUAUUUUCCAGAAAAGUUUUGGACUUGUCAAAUAAAUACACAGCCAGUCUUCCAGGCCAAGUUAGGAUGCUGAGAGGACUUGAAAAUAAUUGCGAUUCUCUGCAAGAGUCCAACACUAUAGUUUAUUUAUUGGGCAGACUAUUUUUGAUUAAUCAGUUAGUUAACAUGCCUUUAGAAUUGGCCUGUGGAAUUGACAGGACCUUCAAAAUGGAAUCUGUACACAAUAAGGGGAAAAGUCUUACGAAUGAUAUUUUGAAUAUUUCAAGCUUCUAUGGUUACUUAAGAAAUGGUAAGAGUGAAUCCCAUAUACCCGAGGCUGACCUUUCACUCUUGAGGCUAAUUUCCUGUUGGAGAGACCAAUCUGUGCAGGUAACUGAAGCAAUACAAGCUGUCCUCUUGGCAGAAAUUCAACAGCACAUGAAGACCUUGAGAAAGAUUCCAAUCAACAGUCAACCAAUGUCCAUGGCAGAGAAGAGUGACUGUGAGAGGAUGCAGAUCCUGCCAAAGAAGGAAUGGGCCGAGCAGCUAGAAUUACAGCUCGUUACAAACAUACCUCUACAAACUCCAGUCAGUCUGGUCAAGCAUGACAGCAACUCUAACUCGGCAAACUUCCAAGAUGCUGAGGACGUGCCUGACAGAUGUGUCUUGGAAGAGUCCGAGAGUCCAGGUGAGACAAAGCAUCAUUCGUGGAUAGCAAUGGUGUGCUCCUGCAAGGUUUGCUAAAUGGAAUCUCAUCUGUAGGAAUUGGGGAAACCCAAAACAUGCCAUUUGUUUAUCAUUGGAUAUAAGCACUGUUGUUAUUAGUUAAGUGUUAGGAUGCAAUGAAUUUUCUAGUACUUUAGCCAGAGUGUUUUGAAAUUAUAAUUACUGAUUUAAAAAUACCCACAUUCAUCUAAAGCAUUGUCUAAAUCACUUUAUAUUCCUGCUUGUUACUUUUCUGUUAAUAUUUCCAAUAAGGAAUGCCAGCCUUCAGACAUCAAUAUACUACUUUUUUAGAUUUUAUUCCAUCUUUUCAGUUCCUGAAUUAUGUAAUAAGCAACAAUAAAACCCACUGUAACACACAAUGCUUCAUUGUUAAUUCAAUCUAAAACUUUACCAAAUUUGAUUUGUUAGGUUAGGACAUUUGUUUAAGUAAAUGUUUUAAUUCAGAUCAGUCACUCUGCAGUAAAUCUCACCCUAAGCAUUAAAUGUUGUCAACAAAUAGCCAAUCCCAUUUAGUUACCAAUUAGCCCAAAUAAGUGAUUCACCAUAUAAGAGGGACCAACCUUGUGUGGUCUUUUGGACUUCUAAUUACAUAGAGGCAUUUUUAGCUAAAUGUUGAUCUUAUCGGCCAUACAGUACAGAUGUGAACUAGGGAAGGGAAGUCUACUUAUGACACAUCACAAUUGAUCCUUAUAAUGUAUAAACUCUUGUAGUUCUCUUCCCAGAAAGAAGCUUGGCUAGCAGGAAUUCUAAAAUUAAAAUAUGCAAACCAAUAUAAAUAGGGACAGACAUAAAGUGCUCAUCUAUUAAGGCCUUUAGUGAUCUGAUUUUUAUUUGUCAUGAUUUAUGUGUACAAUUCCUGUAUUUAUAGAAAAUCAUCAAAAAGAUUAUGUACAUAUAUUAUAAACACAGAAAAAUGGAAAUGGUGUUAUAUAUAUGGUUUAUAUCUCAAGCAUCUAUCUAUCUAAAAUGAAGUGCAAGUCACUUCAACUCAACAAACAACCAGCAUCAUACAUCAGACCCUGUGCUGGGUUGCAGAGGUCAGGAAGGAUGGAGAGAUCUAAUUAAUGAUUGACCUGAAAUGAAUAUAACAGAAUAUAGACAUGAAAUGAGUGUGACUCCUUUAAAGUAAAGUAAAGUAUAUGUUCUUUACUUCCUAGAAUGUCUUGACUUGUCAUUUACUGAAAUUACUUUAGAGAGUUGUACUUCAGAAACUGUAACAUUUUUUAAUAUGCACAAUUAUGGAAAAUUGUCAUCCUUUGAAAAUGGCUGUGUAUACUUCCCCCACCCCCCUCCCUUGCAAACAGCCAAAAGCCACUUGGAACAAGUUUCAGAAUAAAGGAAGAUAGCAAGCUGGGCAAUGGAAUGACAUUUUCUUGCAUGCUGUAUAUUGUCUCUAACGGCCUUUACAAGAAGGACUAUCAACAACAUUUUGAAUGAUGGCAAUAUCAGAUAAGUAUAUAUCCCCUCAAAAGGGCAAUUUUUUUUUAAUUGAAAUAUGUUCACAUACCAUACAGUCAUCCAAAGUAUGAAACAGUUGUUCACAGUAUCAUCAUAUAGUUGUGCAUUC